AUGCUGAAGUGCGAGAUGAACGGCGGCCAGGGGAAAGUAUUUGGGAGAGCAGUCCAGGCCCUGUCACGAGUCAGUGAUGAGCUGUGGCUGGAUCCAUCUGACAAAGGUCUUGCUCUAAGAUCUGUGAAUUCUUGCCGGUCAGCAUAUGGUUGUGUCCUCUUCUGUCCGGUGUUUUUUCAGCAUUACCAGUGGUCAGCCUCUGUGACAACGGAUAAUGACACAACACCGAAUCUAAAUUGCCAGUUGGGAAUGAAAUCAAUUCUGCCCAUUUUUAAAUGUCUGAAUUCCCGCGAAAGAAAUGUAGAGAAGUGUAAGAUAUUCACCAGAUCUGAUAAGUGCAAAGUGGUUGUUCAGUUCUUCUACAAACAUGGUAUUAAAAGAACUCAUAAUGUAUAUUUUCAAGAAAGUCAGCCCUUGCAAGUUAUUUUUGAAAAGAAUUUGUGUUCUAACACACUUACGUUUCAACCAAGAGUGCUUGCUGAGGCAAUUGUUCUUUUUACAUCAAAUCAAGAGGAAAUAACUCUUGCUGUUACUCCACUGAAAGUUUGCCUUAAGAGUUCUAAUGAAGAAUCAUUGGACCUGAAUAGUUCUAUAUACAGUGAAAUGACUGUUGGCCCUGAGGAGUUUGACUUCUUUCAAGUUGGAGUUGACACUGAAAUAACAUUUUGCUUCAAAGAAUUGAAGGGAAUGCUGACAUUUUCAGAAGCUACACAUGCUCCUAUAUCCAUUCAUUUUGAUUUUCCUGGGAAGCCUCUAGCUUUAAGCGUUGAUGACAUGUUACUGGAAGCGAACUUCAUUUUGGCCACGUUAGAUGAUGAGCCGAGUCGAGCGUCUUCCCCACAAUCACUGUGUCUUUCCCAGAAACCAGGAAGGUCAGAUCUGAUAUGCUCAAAUUCAAAGGCUGGCAAAAAUGUCAGCGGAAAAGCCCCUGAGAAUAUCUCAAGACAAAUGUCACGCAAAAGGCUUUAUCCUAGUGAGACACUCACAAAUCUCUCUACAUCGGAACAUGGCGGCAGCCCUGAGAGGGAGCGAGCAGAUGAAGACGGCAGCGAGAAAAAGAGUUGUUCAGUGUCCCCCUGGAAGUCUACCUUCUUUCAGUGAACAAGUAGGAAGUGGCCUCACUGCUCUCAGCUACCACCGCACCAGCAUCCUAGCGCCCCCAGGGGGCAGCAUUGCCCACUCUGGAAACUCCUAAUCCAUUGAUUUUGCUAUCCUAUUGCUUGGGAUCUGGCCACUGGGACCCUCCCUCUUUAGUUUGGGGCCUCUGGCAAAUCCCCAACAUUUUAA